AUGUGUGUACAGUGUGAUUUCAUUAUCCUUCAGCUUUUACGUGUUGCCUGGGCACGUGUGAUUUUUGAUGAAGCUCAUAAUCCUAAAGUCCAGACGUCCAUGGCGGUGUGUAAGCUGCGGGCUCGAUCCCGCUGGGCUGUUACUGGAACCCCCAUUCAGAACAACCUGCUGGAUAUGUAUUCACUGCUCAAGUUUUUGAGAUGCUUUCCAUUUGAUGAGUAUAAGCUGUGGAAGGCUCAGGUGGAUAAUGGCUCAAAGAGAGGAGGAGAGAGACUGAACAUCCUCACCAGAGCGCUGCUUCUUCGCAGGACCAAAGAUCAGCUGGACGCUGCUGGAAAACCACUGGUGUCUCUGCCUGAUCGGACAUGUGAGGUUCACAGGCUGAAGCUGUCUGAAGAUGAACAGGCUGUAUAUGAUGUCGUGUUUGCACAAUCCAGGUCUACAAUCCAGAACUAUCUUAAGAGACACGAAGAAGGAAACACUAAAAAGCAAUCCUUUUGAGAAAGUUGCGAGGGAAUUCGGGAUGUCUCAGCCGGACUCGCUGUCUUCCUCUCAGCAGCCUCAGGCCUCCAGCACCAUCCACAUCCUGUCACUGCUGCUGCGUCUCAGGCAGUGCUGCUGCCACCUGUCUCUGCUCAAGAAGACUGUAUAUAUGGUCUCACUUUCUGCCAAUGUUUUGACGUGGAUGAAGUCAAGGAACUGGGACGUUUACAACAUGCCUCCCUGGAAGUGACGUCAUCGGCCCGAGAAGCAGCCAGUCUAUGAAAGCAGCUCACUGAUCAUGAGCAGAGGCUUGCGAGGGGGUCGUUUCCUUUUAUUCACUUGCAUUAAAACAUUAUUAUAAUGU